AUGGGUAAAGUUCACGGAUCGCUCGCUCGUGCCGGCAAGGUCAAGUCUCAGACUCCCAAAGUUGAGCCUCAAGAGAAGGCAAAGACCCCCAAGGGCCGUGCUCUCAAGCGCCUCAAGUACACCCGCCGUUUCGUCAACGUCACUCUGACUGGCGGCAAGCGCAAGAUGAACCCCAACCCCGGCUCUACUUAA